UGACUCACGGUUAUCACGCCACUGACAAUUUCUAAGGAGUUAGGUGUGAUCUUACCAAGAGUCGAAAAGAUUAUUUUGAUUAUUGCUCAAUGUUAAAUUAGCUGAGAAGUUUGUUGAUUGAGGAAUUUGACAAAUCUUAAAAAUGGUCAAUGAAAUAGGAAAGUUCGCCAUAGUUUCAUGGAUAUUAGAAUUUGCUUUUUUGUUGUGUGGUGUCAGUACACUUGGUGUGUUCAUAAACAAGACAGAUGAUGUACCCCACCAAUCAGAUAAUAUACAUGCUUUGACGUAUGGACUGAGUGUGAUUAUCGCAUCACUUGUUUGCCUAUCCGCCAUCGUCACUUUUCAUUUAUCAAUGAAAAAAAGUGGUAGCCAAAACAAAACACAUGGAAAAAUGGUUUUCUGGAGUAAAAUUAUCCUGGGAUUUUUGCUGUUAACGGUUACCUGUGUCCUAGCUAACACACAUACCAACUAUGAUAACCACGACAUAAACACGUCAAAAGGACACGUGACGUUUUGCCGUCUGCUUAAAAAUUCUUAUCAUCGCGUCAGUUGUGAUUAUCUUGUUGUAGCUUCAACAGCCUGCUUUUUUGCUUCUUUCGUUUUGAUUGUGGAGGCCAUCCAUGAAACUGAUCUUUCAUCCAUAUGUAAACUUCGUGGUGGCGCCAUAUGAGAUGUCAUGUGACUGAAAUCUAAUGCACUUGAUUGGUUGGCUAACAUUAAUUUAUGUAUCAAUAUAUGUAGACUGUGUCUCAAUAAGAUUACAAUAUGAUUACUAAUUGUCUUAGUUAGUUAGCAAAUAAAAGCAAUUGUCAAAAUCAAGGUCAUUUUGUUGAUUGAAAAAAGCAAGAGAUAUUUACAGCCUGAAUUUAAACACGAAUGUAGUUCAACAGCUUUAACCGUUAGUAGCUAAGCAUGAAGAUUUGAAAUUAAAAAGUGAAGAAGAAAGGUAA